GAAGCCCAAGGUGCGGGGCAAGAUGGCGGCGCUGGUGCAGCGCGUGGGUUGGGCCACGCGAACAUUGCUGCUGGUAACGCGAGCUCGGGACCUCGGCGCGCGGCGCGGGGUCCGGGCGCUGCGGCGGAGCCCGGUGAAAGUGCUGUUUCCAUCUGGUCAGGCCGUGGAGCGGAAGCCCGGGCCCGGGAAGCAGCCCCGGAAGGCGGCUGCGGAGGCCAGUUCCCGCGAGCAGCGACUGAAUCAGCCGCUUCAGGUUCCCGCAUCCCAGACGCCCAGCACCUGGGAAGAGUCGGGGCUUCGCUACGAUAAGGCUUUCCCCGGGGACAAAAGGCUGAGUAGUGUGAUGACAAUAGUUAAAUCCAGGCCAUUUCGGGAAAAGCAAGGGAAGAUCCUGCUGGAAGGUCGUAGGCUGAUUGCAGACGCUCUCAAGGCUGGUGCUGUGCCAAAAAUUUUCUUCUUCAGCCGUCUAGAAUACAUAAAGGAGCUACCCAUUGAGAAACUUAAAGGUGUUAGCCUCAUUAAGGGAUUUUUGCCAAACCUGACCAUGCUAAGAUGACAUACCCAGAGACUCAGCUUCGCCACACACUGCCCUUAUUGUUGAUUUGUGACAAUCUCCGUGACCCUGGGAACCUGGGGACAAUUCUGAGAUCUGCUGCUGGCGCAGGCUGCAGCAGAGUGUUACUCACCAAAGGCUGUGUGGAUGCCUGGGAGCCCAAGGUGCUGCGGGCGGGGAUGGGUGCGCAUUUCCAGGUGCCCAUCAUCAACAAUCUGGACUGGGAAACGGUGCCCAAGUACCUGCCCACCGACACCCGGGUCUACGUGGCUGACAACUGUGGCCUCUAUGCACAGGCCCAGGCCCGGGCGUCUACUAAGGCCAGUGACUACGGCUGGGUAUGUGACCGACGAGCCAAGCUUCACCAGUAUGAGGAGGAGGGAGAGGAUGUCGAAAGUGGAGCCAGUAAAGGCUGGCUCCCUGAACUCCAGGUCCAGACUUACGACGCGGACUGGACAGAGGCCCCCGCAGCUGUGGUGAUAGGCGGGGAGACCCACGGCGUGAGCCUCGAGUCCCUGCAGUUGGCCGAGAGCACGGGGGGCGGGAGGCUGCUGAUCCCCGUGGUGCCCGGCGUGGACAGCCUGAACUCGGCCAUGGCAGCGAGCAUCCUGCUCUUUGAAGGGAAGAGACAGCUGCGGGUGAGGGCGGAACACCUGAGCAGGGACCGGGGAUGCCACUGAGGGGACGUGGGUGGCAGUCCUCAGUUGGAGGUUGUCUCUGUGGUUAUGGGAAAGGUAAGUACUUCGGGACUUUCUGCUUAGCUUCAGAAAUAACGGCGGCGGCAGUUCUUCCCGACGCCGUCCAGCCUCCCGCAGGCUCCCGUAGAUGGGUGUGUUUGUGUGUUGUGAGAGAGAAGCCUAAGUAAGUGGUUCAGUAUGUGUGUGUUUUUAAAUUGUCCACCAGGGAGCAUUUUUAUGCCCAGAAAGUUCCUGAUGGCGUCGUGCGGGGCAGGGAGGACUCCUCCACCGGCUGAGGGUGUUUUGCUGUCGUGGAGCAGCGGUUCCAGGCCAGGCUAGGUCACUCACUGCUCUGAUCACGGGUCAAUGGAAAAUAAACCCGGGUGAUGUGUAGACCAGCAGAUAACAUUUAAAAAGUUCCAUUUCCCUGGGGUCAGUGGGUCUUCAUGCCUGUCUUUUCCUCUCUGGCCCAGUGAUGAGGCCAUUGCUGAGACUAGUGACCCGGGAAGCUCGGGGCUGCAGGCGAGGUCUCGGUAGCCAGCUGUCCUUUUGGCUUGGCUGUGCUGGUCUCCGUGGUUGUUCAUUCAGGCCUUGACUUAAACAGUUUAUGACAGGUUUUCCCCCAUUUCUGGCGAAACAGCUUACUUCAUGCAUCAAGUGGAAUUAUACCUUCUUAGCACCUCCGCGGAUGUCCCUUUGAGGACUUUUGGUUCAGAAAAGGAGGAAACAGUUUUGAAAUUUUCAGCUUAACCCUCUAUCUGUCAGCAGAGCCGUACCGGUUUUCCUAACUUCCUGCUGUUAGUCCUACUUGAUGUAACACUUCUGGUUAAACGGAAUGUCUGAUUUACUUUAUCUCCCCCCCCCCCCCAAUAAACCGAACCACUUGGGUAAAUACCACUGUUCCUGGAUGCUGUGUGAACAGAGGCUCCUGUGAAGGAAGAGAGGCUGAGGCUCUGAGGAUGAGAGCUGGGGGCCCCUGAGCCCACAACUCUGCAGCAAGACCCUGCUGUUCUCUCAAAGCCCCAGGGGACCAGGGGCCACUGGGUCUGCAGCCAGGGACCUGAGGGCAAGGCAGGAGGUAAUGCCUGUGGUCACUGGGAAGAGGGGGCGGGGGGACUAGAGGCUGGGACUGACUUCGAGCAGGGCUUCUGCAACCAUGGAGAAUCUGGUUGGAGUUGAGGACAGAGACACCAGCAGAGUGGUACCACAUCCCAUCACACAGUGGCUCCUGUCAGGGUUGGGUUCCUCGCCAGCCCUUGGGCUGCUUGUUUCAGGGAGGGCCAAUGAGUUGCGGCAUGCCCCUGCCCUGGCUUCCCCAGUUCCCUGGUAGAGCCAAAAGGGCAAGCCUGACUCUGCCCCAGGUGCUGCUGCCCAGUGGGACUGCUUUGCUCUGUUUGAGGGGAGGGCUUUUUGCAGGAACAAUCUCUUUGCUUGGUUGUGCUCUCUCAGGCUGACCGGUGGGAACCUGCUCUGGUCUGGGCCAGCCCAGGACCCCACACGUUGGGUGACGGUGGCUCCCAGAAUGUUCAGACCCUCCAUCCCCUUUCAGCUUUUAGAAAGUAGAAGAGCCCACAGCCCUUAUGCUGUGCUGAGCCCACAAAGGCCAGGGUCUCGUCUGCCAGCUUCACGGCGAUAAUGCCUGCCAGACCAACAGGUGAAAUCAGGGGGGGCAGGGGAGAGAACAGUACCACUUGGGGCCCCUGACAGUCCCCAACACCUAGGGAAAGUGCUAAAGAAACAGAUGUCACUAAAAUGAGGCUCAUGCCUUUUUUAGCAUGAAACACACCUGCAGUUUUUGCCUCCAGGUUAUUGUUCCUGAUGUUUGUUAUAAAACAACAACCGAUGAAAUAACAAGCACUAUACCCGGUCCUUGCUCAGAACAAAGCCCUGCAAAAGAGCAUAUCUGGUGAAUCAUUUUACACCUAUUUUAUCAUCCUGGGUGCAAGAAGGAAAAGAAAUUUACAUCCCAUUCAUUUUACAGGCAAUGGUUUGUGUACUGUGUAUUUGUGGGUAUAAUUUAGCAGAGGGGAGGGCACAUUUUCCUUCCUUUAAAAUGAUGGCAUGGGAAGCCAAUGGCCGUGAAGUUUGCCUGGUGAUGGUAUUUGCCAUCUGGAAUUAUUCUCAAUUUUGAGGCCAGCAUUUAUGUCACCAUUGCCCCCGGGAGACAGGAAUAAACACUGAGCAGUAUAUGACAAGUAAAACGCAUUGCUUGGCUGAAAGAGAAGCAAGCCUUCAGAAGGUUGGCCGAGCUGCCCCUUGCCUUUGUGUGGCAGGUAGCUGUCACCCUGGUGUCUGCCACCAGGGGGCAGCCAUGCCCCAACCACUCCCAACCCGGAAGGGAGGGGUGGGGAUUUUUUCCUGGAUGUAAGUUGUUGAAAAAGGAUGGAGUCAAAAGUCUCCUUCCACCCCAGCCAGCUUUUGCAAGCUGUUUGUGCCCAGAGGUGCUGAGGUUCGAGACCCAUCCACUGUGUUGUUCAUUCUCGUUAAAAUCUGAACGAGGGCGUUGGGCCAAAAACAGAGGAGGAAAUAGACAAAUGGGAAGUAGCUGCAGCAGGAAAAAACAGCACAUCUUUUCCCUUUGGCUGGAGCUUGGAGUUUCAGGGCAGGAGACGCUGAAAAGUCCUCACUGCUCCCCUCACCCCAGAUGCUAGUCGGCAGUUAAAAUCUCAGUGAUUCAGGCCCAGAGGAUAGACAGACCUUGAGGGACUGGUUUCCAUCAGUUCCACCAGGGACCUACUACCACCUGCCCUGGGAUUCCUAGCAACACCAGAUGUCACCAAAAGCUGAGCUGCCUGGAGCCCCACUUCUGUUGUUCCACCACGUGAGGACCCAGAGACAACACCCCACCCAGGGGUCCCCAGCCGGUGCCGAAAGCCAGCGGCCACACUGCAGACCCGGGCCUCUUGCGGUCAAGCCUCCUCUGGCCGCUGAGAGCAGACCUGCCUGGUUCACCCAGAAAACACUCAUGAGGACUCCUUUAAACUCCAAGCUCUCUCUGUCUCCAUCAGUGAACGCGCAAAGGCAGUGAGCUCAGAUCCAGGUGAAGGGAUGAGCCGACGUGCUGCUGUGGGUGACAGUCAGGGGGCCGAGUUACCCUGGAGCAGCUGCAAGUGCUCAGAGCCCCAGGAGGCUCACAUUCCCAACGUUAUCAGUCUGUUCUUACGACACUUGGCGGGGAAGAGCAACUGAGCAACUUUUUUCAGCUGAGGCCUCAGAAUUGGAGGGGACCGUCACCAAAGCCACCCGUCCUCAAAAUGCAGGGAGAGGAGUUCCUGUUAUGGCUCAGCAGUGACAAACCCAACUAGUAUCCAUGAGGAUGGGGGUUUGAUCCCUGGCCUUGCUCAGCAGGUUAAGGAUCUGGUGUUGCUGUAGCUGUGGUGUAGGCCAGCAGCUGCAGCUCCAGUUCAACCCCUAGCCUGGAAACUUGCAUAUGCUGUGGGUGCAGCCCUA